AAGCCUCUUGAAAAGUAGUAUUGUGAAAAGCUUUCGGAGAUUAGCCUAUCAGAAGCGUUCCAAGUGGAGAAUUCAAAAUAAAUUUAAUAAUAGAAGAAUCACCGGUUAAUUUGCUCUUGAAAUCUAAUCGUGCAUUCCCAUUAUUGAACAUCAAUGUAUCCCAACCAGUGGGCUCGCUUAUAAAUAACCCCGUUUAAAUUGCUUGACGUACCAGUAUCGAAAUCGAUCGGAGGCGAUGUGUUGUGGUUGCUGCAGUGUGCGCCAGCAAAAGAUCUGGGUUUUCUCCAUGGGAGGCCUGAUCCUGGCCAUUGGAAUUUUUCUGGCCUCUGCCUGGCCAGCCGUGUCUCGGCAAUGGAUUCGUAGUCUUUUGCCCCUGGCCCCCAACUCCUUUAUCUACAAUCGCUGGGUGACUACGCCCACGCCGGUAUAUAGCACAGUUUUCCUCUUCAACUGGACUAAUCCUGGGGAUUUGAACACCGAGGGCGUUAAGCCGCACUUUGAGCAGCUGGGGCCUUACACUUUCAGUGACUUUAAGGUUAAGGAAGAUUUGGAAUGGAAUCAGCCCCAGGUGACCUACUUCGGCAAGCGCACCUGGCAUUUUCUACCGGAAAAGUCAAAUGGAUCGCUUGAGGAUGUAGUUAUAGCCCCACACUUCCCAACUUUGACAGCUGCUUCGUACUCGCGCCGAAUGCGCCGCAUCCUGCGCAAGGUCAUGAACUUUGCCCUUAAUCGCGAGGGCGGCGCCACGCACAUGACCCACACAGCUGGCCAGUGGCUCUUUGACGGCUAUUAUGACCAUCUCAGCCAUCACCAUCUCGGCCGUGGGGAUCUCAGCCAGUUGGGAGAUCUGCUCCUGUGGAAUGGAGAGAACACCACCGGCUUUUAUCCUGGCGAAUGCGGCAAAGUCAAUGGCAGCACGGGGGAACUCUGGUCGCCGUACAGGACGUGGGAUCAGCCCACCUCCAUAUUCCUACCAGAUGCAGCGCGGUACUUGAACUUGUUUCCCAAGGAAAACCUCACCAUCGAUGGCAUUGAUGUCUGGCGGUACGAGUCCACCAAUCUAACCCUCGACAAUGGCCAGUUGUCACCGGACACUGAGUGCUUUUGCCUCAAGAACCGCGAGUGUCCGCGCAACGGAGUCCUGGAUUACGGUCCUCCCGCCUUCAAUGGCCCGUUCUACAUGUCGCAUCCGCACUUCUUCCUCACAGAUCAAAUGUACAGGGAGAACACCACCGGCCUGCAGCCCGAGGAGUCCGAGCACGGCAUGUAUGUGAUAAUGGAGCCUACUCUCGGCAUUCCAUUGAGCCUAAGGGGGCAGCUCAUGAUUAGCACGAAAGUGGUGCGCGACGAGGCCAUUGACUUGUUCAAGAACGUGGCCUAUGAUCAUUAUGCACCCCUAUUUACAAUGAGAUUGCAUGCGGUAGACGAAGGGCUCACAAAACUAUUGAAGCUGGCCCUAAAUGCUGCGAUUAUAGGAAUGUAUACAGGAAUUGGCUUAGUUCUUUUGGGAAUAACAAUAGUCGUAACUGGAAUAUUCGUCACAAAAAAACACAAAUGGCACAACGAACAAAGGCGCGACAAGCAAUUGCAAUGCACUCAAAAUUGAUAAGACUGUUAAGGCUAACAAAGCCAUAAUCUCGCUAAUCACUGGGAAUAUUCGGGCAUUGUUUAAGGCCAUAAUCAGUCAGGGCUCUUUAAGGCCCGGCCAUAAAAAAUGCAAAUUACGUGCUUGGCUGGAUUAUCCAAUUUCCCUCAGGUGUUGCCCAGCUGCAGGCAUCUAGAAUUACACUAAAUUAUGGCCUUUCAAAUAUGCUAAAAUUUAUUAAUAUGUUAAUAAUUGUUUUUUGCUGUUCGUUCAUGCUAUGCAAAGAAGGCGGGAAGGGAGAAAUCCUUGAGCACGUAAGCUGCAUACUUUAUGGCGUACGAACUCUUUCACCAGGCAGAGCCGGCAAAUACCGAACUGGAAAUUUGAAAAAUGCCAAAAGAAUAUUAUAAGCGACUAAUUUAUAUGCACCAAGCACGCAAACUUACGUUUUGCACACACAUUGUUUGUGGCCCACGAAAAGGGCGAAGGAACAAGUUAAACAAUGUAUGAAAAUAUGAAAAUUAUAUGACUGCCAGUAUGUGUCGGCCAUAACUUUAGCAAAAUCUCUGUUGGGCCAAGAAAACUGGGCUAAUAAAGUACGUACUUUAAUAAGAAUGUUUUAUUUGUAAAAUAAAAACCAA